AUGGACGACGAAGAUCGAGACUCCAAUGCCAGCUGGGACGAGCAGGAACCGGAGCCAGAACCCGAACCAGAGCAGGAGCAGGAACAGGAACAGGAUGAGCCAAUGGAGGAUGCUGAAGAAGGCGACGGUGACGCAGAGGAGGAUGACAACGACAAUGAAGACGAAGAGGAAGAGCCUGAACCGGAGCCCGGGCCUGACGCUGAGCGGGAGGGUGAGGGCGAGGGCGAGGGUGAAGGCGAUCAAGAAGACGCCGAUGCAGACCGAGAAGAUACAACCACCGUCGUUGACGAUCCUGCCAAUCCCACCAUCAAGCGCUCCUCCGCCACGCCCGGCGCCCGAGACCCAAGCGUGCCUCUGGUGACGCCGCCCUGGCGCCCGACCGUCCGCCCAGAGGCCCUGACGGCCAAGCUGUACGACAUCGUGCCCACCAUGGCCGCACCCCAAGCUACCUCCAUCAACGCCAUUGCCAUCACCCCGGACAUGCGCUACUGGAUGACCGGCGGUAGCGACGGCUACAUACGAAAGUACGACGGCGUGGGCACCAUCAAUGGCAAGCAGCUGCUGACCGUAGCCCAGCGGCAUCCCUUUGUGGACAGCGUCGUCAAGGCUGGCAUCCUUAUGAGUUAUUGGGAGAACGAGGAGCCCUCCCCGCCCAAUGCUCGCGGUCUCGAGGAACACAAUCUGAGCCCCGUCUACAGCCUUGCCGUCCACAGCCAGGCUCUGUGGCUGCUUUCCGGCCUGGAGAGCGGCGGCAUCAAUCUACAAAGCGUGCGCCAUGACGAGGGAAAGAGGAUCACAUGUCUACAGAAACACUCAAGCGCCGUCAGUGUCUUGUCGCUAGCGCCGGAUGAGAAGAGCGUGCUGAGCGGGAGCUGGGACAAGAAUAUAUUCGACUGGGAUCUGAACAAUGGCCAGGUCAAACGAACAUUUGACGACAAUGGCGGACAGAUAUCAUGUAUCGAGCUGCGUCCAUUGAGCGGGGCGCCAAUACCCGCAGAGGCGAGCGAGGAGCCUGUCAAGUCAGAAACCAUCGGGAGCAAUAAUGCGAGACCGUUGCCGAACGGCGUUUUCACAGAUGGAUUGAAUGGGGACGCCCACGGCGCUGUCCAACCCGCCGUCAAUGGAGAGCCUGUUGGUGACGCACAAGCUGGUUCUGAGCAUGAGUCACUCUUUGGAAGCCCAGGAGGUUCCCUUUUUGGCGACGAUACAGUCGGGGGUAACGCAUUUGGCGGUGACGAUGACAAUGAAUUUUCAGAGGCUAUGCUGGCUCUCCAAGGCGAUUCUCACGACAUGGGCAGUGCCGGAGACGUGACCAUGACCGAUGUCGACAUGUCUGCCCCUGCUUUUGAUCUCGACUCGCAACCAGCCCCGGCGGUACAACCACCCCCAGAUACAACAGCUGCACAGCAAGACCAUGGCGUUGGCGGCGAGGUGGCCAAUGCCAUCAAUGGUGAUGCAACUAUGGUCAAUGGCGCGUCUUCUCAGGGCGCCUCUGCGGCCGGAACUGAAUCUGAUCCUACGGCUCCAGCAGUUCAGCCAAUACUAUCCGCUUCACAGCCCGAACCUUCGGAAUCACAGGCUGCUCCCCCGUCGCCAUCCCUAGUCUUCACCUCCCAACCGGCCUCAAGCCAACACGAUCCCACUCAGUCCUCGGAAUCUACUUUCUUCUCCGCCUCAAUACACGGCACCAUCCGCAUCUGGGAUCGACGCGUCCCCAAUCCCGUCGCGCGCAUCGGCAACCGUCCAGGUGUACCGCCCUGGUGCAUGGGUGCCUGCUGGUCGCCAGACGGCAACUGGAUCUACGCCGGCCGCCGCAACGGCACCGUCGAAGAGUUCAACAUCCACAAGGCCCGCAGCGGCUGGGAGCCCGAGCGCGUGCUCAAGUUCCCCGCCGGCAGCGGCGCCGUCAGCGCCGUGCGAUCCAUGGUCAACGGCCGCCACCUCGUGUGCGCGAGCCACGACAUCCUGCGACUGUACGACCUGCGCGACACGGCCGCCUUCAAGCACUCGACGGUCCCGUUCCUCAUCAUCCCCGGCCCGCCGAGAGCAGGCGUCAUUAGCCACCUCUACGUCGACCCGACAAGCCGCUUCAUGAUUUCCGCGGCAGGCACAAGAGGCUGGGAGGGCUCGAGCACAGAGGUGUUGAUAGGAUAUGAGAUCAACGCGAACCAAAAUUAG